ACAUCACGCGUAGUUUUCCCUUUUGCAGCAGAAUGAGACCUAUGAUACAGUCAUUGAAUUUUUAAACAAGAACGAAUUGAGGGGCUGGUUGGAAAGCAGCAUGUCACAUGGACAUCCACCGGUUCCGCGCUAGGGAGAGAAGCGCCGCUUUCUGGAAUCCAGUAGUCAAAGGGAAUUUGAAUAGAAGGUCUUACUAAGCGGAGUUCCAACCGCAGAUCAAGAGAGACCAAAACGCAAAGUAGGCUAUUGUAAUCUGAGCGAAAUAGGGAUUUUAUCAAAAGGCAUUUGUUGUCAAGACUGCAAUGAAUACGAACGAUGCAAAGGAAUAUCUCUCAAGAAGGGAGAUACCUCAACUGUUUGAGAGCCUGCUGACAGGUUUGAUGUAUUACCGACCAGAAGACCCUAUCGAUUACCUGGAGACUUGCCUGAAGAAAGUUAGAGAUCUUGGAGGCACCGAUAAAGUCAGAUGGGACACCUUUGUGGGGCAAGAGAAGAAGUCUUUGCCACCUCUCAACGGAGGCCAGUCACGGAGGUCUUUUUUUCGUAAUGUUCUGCCCGACAGCCCCAACUUCCCCUACAGGAGGUACGAGCGCCUCCCCCCAAUCCACCAGUUCUCCAUCGAGAGUGACUCAGACCUGUCAGAGACAGCGGAGCUCAUCGAGGAGUACGAGGUCUUUGAUCCAUCCAGGCCCCGCCCCAAAGUGAUCCUUGUCAUUGGUGGUCCUGGCAGUGGCAAAGGCACGCAGUGUCUGAAGAUCGCCGAGCGCUACGGCUUUGAGUACGUCUCUGUGGGGGAGCUGCUGAGGAAGAAGAUGAUCCACAACGCCAACGGCAACAGGAAAUGGAGCCUGAUUGCAAAGAUCAUCACCAACGGGGAACUGGCUCCACAGGAGACAACUAUUACGGAAAUAAAACAGAAAAUUAUGAAGAUACCGGAUGCUACCGGAAUUGUAAUCGACGGCUUCCCGCGUGAUGUUGGACAGGCACUAUCCUUUGAAGAUCAAAUCUGCACCCCAGACCUGGUGGUGUUCCUGGCCUGCACCAACCACCGCCUGAAGGAGCGGCUGAAGAGGCGGGCGGAGCAGCAGGGUCGCCCGGACGACAACCCCAAGGCCACCGAGCGCCGCCUCACCAACUUCAAGCAGAACGCCAUCCCUCUGGUCAAAUACUUCCAGGAGAAAGCGUUAAUCGUCACACUAGAUGCUGACAGGGAGGAGGAGGACGUCUUCUUUGACAUCAGCCUGACUGUGGACAACAAGCUCUUUCCCACCAAAGAACCAGUGGCAGGCCCUAGUGAGCUUGACCUUAGUUUGCUGUCAGACACCACAAGCCUGACAGAGGCAGACGAACCCUCCAAACUUGAUGAGCAGGCAGAUGAAGAGGUGGCAGCAUGUGCAGGGUGUUCAACAGAGACAGUCGGCAUGCCGGUGGAUCCGAAGAAACCAAAGGUCAUCUUCGUGAUCGGCGGUCCUGGCUCAGGGAAGGCUCUGCAGUGCGAGCGUCUGGAGGAGCGGUACGGCUUGAGACGCCUGACCCCUGGGGAGAUCUUAUGCAACGAGCUCCAGUCUCACAGCGAGAGGAGCCGAUACCUACGAGACCUGCUGGAGGGAGGAGAGACACUGCCAGAGGAUACCCUGUUGGACCUGUUGUGUGAAUCCAUGGCUGCCCCCACCCGUCAUGGAAAAAACUUUCUAAUCAGCGGUUUCCCACGAGACCUUCGACAGGCGGAAGAGUACGAAGUCAAGAUGGGUCAGCCCAGCCUGGUGCUGCUGUUGGAGUGUUCGGCCGACACGCUGACCGGCCGGCUGCAGCAGAGGGCCAGGACGGCGCUGCGCUCGCAGGACGGCCGGGACACGGAGCAGGACGUCCAGAGGAGGGUGGAGAGCUUCUGCAGCACCAGCCAGCCCGUGGCCUCCCACUACAAACACAGAGGCCUGCUGCACAAGGUGGAUGCGGAGAGGCCCCCGGACGAGGUGUUUGAGCAGAUCUGUGGGGUCCUGGAUAACUGCUAGAGGCUCCCAAGGCUCUGAAGUCAUGCUGCUGCCCCCAAGUGGAGCAGACGCUCAAAUUCUCCACCUGAGCUUGCAACGUCACGGCACACGGAAAUCCACCAGCGCACACAUACACACAUACAUACACACACACACGCAUACACACACACAUACACACACACACACACACACACACACACACACACGCACACACACACACACACACACACACACACACACACACACACACACACAUGCACACACACAGACACACAGACACACAGACACACACUCACACACACACACACACACACGCACGCACAUGCACACAUACAUCUCCUGUUCUCCUGUUCAGUCUCCUCUUCUGUUUGUGCUGUCUAGCCCAUUGCUCACGACUAAAAAAGGUCCAGCAUUGAAAAUACAAUACAACCUUGACACUCGUGUUCCCCUCUGCAAUCCCUCUCUCUCUCUCCCUCUCUCUCUCUCUCUCUCGCUCUUUCUAUUUCAGUUCAUUGCAUCGCUGCCACUGAGAAAUAUACAUCAUGACUUGUUGCUACCGCUAAGCCCAGCUCCCUGUCUGUCAAGUGUUCAGGCAAUCCACAGAGAUCAGAGCUUUGCUGUUAUUACUUUCACCAACAAAUGUAUCAGAUGGCCUAGGGGUGUACAUUGCCUGUCUGUAACUGUUCUUAUGUACUUAUCCAUUGAUGCUUUACAUAGUGUCGGGCAUGCAAAUUCCAGCUAUGGUGACAAAUCAGACAUUUGCCUCUGUGUGUUUUAAGACCAAAACAAUCUGGAGAUAAACAACGUAGAGAAUUCUUGGGAUUAUUAUUAUUAUUAUUAUUAUUAUUUUGUCUAACUGCAGUGUGUUCAGCAUCAUGUAACUCGUGCAUUUGGAUUCAAUAAAGGCGUUUCAUAUGGAGAUGUGUUGGUUGUCCUUCAGCACCUCAUGGAGGGGUGAUGGUGAAUGAAUUUACACAGGAAGGAUGCCUGAAACAGUUAGUUGAUGGAUUUGGCUGUGAAUCACAUUUUUUCAAAAAAGAUACAUGGAACUGACACUUUCCUAUCUCCCAUCCAUGUUGGAGCACUUUUAGUCCACAAACAGAAAAAGUCGAGCCGU